ACAGGAGGCCUGAUGAUCUCAAGUGGCUGCCUCCCACCAGCAGCUCUGGCCUAGCCCCGCCCACUUUGGGCACCGCCUCCGGAAACGGCCGCGCGCGUUGCCACGGUGACGAGCAAGCAAAGAGCUUCCCCUGCGCCGCCAGGCUGAGCUUCUUGGCGCCAAGCUGCCGCGAGCCGUGACAGCGUCCGACGUGAUGACAUCACGCGCGCGGCAGCCAAUGAAACGAGGCGCUGAGGAAAGUGGCUUGGGUUUGAAUAUUGUGGUUGAGUCUGAAGCGCCAGGAGGCGGACAUUAAAGUGAAGUGGUUGCGGUAACCUGGCCUGGGCCUGAAGUGAGUGAGAGGCACAUGAAGAGAAGUAUUCAAGCAUUUGUACAGAUAGGAAUCAAGAUAAUCAACAAUGUCUGUCACUGAGGAAGACCUGUGCCACCAUAUGAAAGUAGUAGUUCGUGUACGUCCAGAAAACACUAAAGAAAAAGCAGCUGGAUUUCAUAAAGUGGUUCAUGUUGUGGAUAAACAUAUCCUAGUUUUUGAUCCCAAACAAGAAGAAGUCAGUUUUUUCCAUGGAAAGAAAACUACAAAUCAAAAUGUUAUAAAGAGACAAAAUAAGGAUCUUAAAUUUGUAUUUGAUGCUGUUUUUGAUGAAACGUCAACUCAGUCAGAAGUUUUUGAACACACUACUAAGCCAAUUCUUCGUAGUUUUUUGAAUGGAUAUAAUUGCACAGUACUUGCCUAUGGUGCCACUGGUGCUGGGAAGACCUACACUAUGCUAGGAUCAGCUGAUGAACCUGGAGUGAUGUAUCUAACAAUGUUAUACCUUUACAAAUGCAUGGAUGAGAUUAAAGAAGAAAAAAUAUGUAGUACUGCAGUUUCAUAUCUGGAGGUAUAUAAUGAACAGAUUCGUGACCUCUUAGUAAAUUCAGGGCCACUUGCUGUCCGGGAAGAUACCCAAAAAGGGGUGGUCGUUCAUGGACUUACUUUACACCAGCCCAAAUCCUCAGAAGAAAUUUUACAUUUAUUGGAUAAUGGAAACAAAAACAGGACACAACAUCCCACUGAUAUGAAUGCCACAUCUUCUCGUUCUCAUGCUGUUUUCCAAAUUUACUUGCGACAGCAAGACAAAACAGCAAGUAUCAACCAAAAUGUCCGUAUUGCCAAGAUGUCACUCAUUGACCUGGCAGGAUCUGAGCGAGCAAGUACUACUGGUGCUAAGGGGACGCGAUUUGUAGAAGGCACAAAUAUUAAUAGAUCACUUUUAGCUCUUGGGAAUGUCAUCAAUGCCUUAGCAGAUUCAAAGAGAAAGAAUCAGCAUAUCCCUUACAGAAAUAGUAAGCUUACUCGCUUGUUAAAGGAUUCUCUUGGAGGAAACUGUCAAACUAUAAUGAUAGCUGCUGUUAGUCCUUCCUCUGUAUUCUACGAUGACACAUAUAACACUCUUAAGUAUGCUAACCGGGCAAAGGACAUUAAAUCUUCUUUGAAGAGCAAUGUUCUUAAUGUCAAUAAUCAUAUAACUCAAUAUGUAAAGAUCUGUAAUGAGCAGAAGGCAGAGAUUUUAUUGUUAAAAGAAAAACUAAAAGCCUAUGAAGAACAGAAAGGCUUCGCUGAUGAAAAUGACAAAGCAAAGUUAAUGAUUUCAAACCCUCAGGAAAAAGAAAUCGAAAGGUUUCAAGAAAUCCUGAACUGCUUGUUCCAGAAUCGAGAAGAAAUUAGACAAGAAUAUCUGAAGUUGGAAAUGUUACUUAAAGAAAAUGAACUUAAAUCAUUCUACCAACAACAGUGCCAUAAACAAAUAGAAAUGAUGUGUUCUGAAGACAAAGUAGAAAAGGCCACUGGAAAACGAGAUCAUAGACUUGCAAUGUUGAAAACUCGUCGCUGCUACCUGGAGAAAAGGAGGGAGGAGGAAUUGAAGCAAUUUGAUGAGAAUACUAAUUGGCUCCAUCGUGUCGAAAAAGAAAUGGGACACUUAAGUCAAAACGGUCAUAUUCCAAAGGAACUCAAUAAAGAUCUUCAUUGUCACCAUUUGCACCUCCAGAACAAAGAUUUGAAAGCACAAAUUAGACAUAUGAUGGAUCUAGCUUGUCUUCAGGAACAGCAACACAGGCAGACUGAGGCAGUAUUGAAUGCUUUACUUCCAGUCCUAAGAAAACAAUAUUGCACAUUAAAAGAAGCUGGCCUGUCAAAUGCUGCUUUUGAGUCUGAAUUCAAAGAGAUCGAACAUUUGGUAGAGAGGAAAAAAGUGGUAGUUUGGGCUGACCAAACUGCUGAACAACCAAAGCAAAACGAUCUACCAGGGAUUUCUGUUCUUAUGACCUUUCCACAACUUGGACCAGUUCAGCCUAUUCCUUGUUGCUCAUCUUCAAGUGGAUCUAAUCUGGUUAAGAUUCCUACACAAAAAAGAACUCGGAGAAAACUAAUGCCAACUCCCUUGAAAGGACAGCAUACUCUAAAGUCUCCACCAUCUCAAAGUGUGCAGCUCAAUGAUUCUCUUAGCAAAGAACUUCAGCCUAUUGUGUAUACACCAGAAGACUGUAGAAAAGCUUUUCAAAAUCCGUCUACAGUAACCUUAAUGAAACCAUCAUCAUUUACUACAAGUUUUCAGACUAUCAGCUCAAACAUAAGCAGUGAUAAUUCUCUGAAAAUGUUGUGUGAAGUAGCUAUCCCUCGUAACAGAGGGAAAGAAUGUGGACAGGAGGACUUGGACUCUACAUUUACUAUAUGUGAAGACAUCAAGAGCUUGAAGUGUAAAUUAGCCGAACAAGAAUCACUACCAAAUGAUAACAAAGACAUUUUACAACGGCUUGACCCUUCUUCGUUCUCAACUAAGCAUUCUCUGCCUGUACCAAGCAUGGUGCCAUCCUACAUGGCAAUGACUACUGCUGCCAAAAGGAAACGGAAAUUAACAAGUUCUACAUCAAACAGUUCAUUAACUGCAGACGUAAAUUCAGGAUUUGCCAAACGUGUUCGACAAGAUAAUUCAAGUGAUAAGCACUUACAAGAAAACAAACCAACAAUGGAACAUAAAAGAAACAUCUGUAAAAUAAAUCCAAGCAUGGUUAGAAAAUUUGGAAGAAAUAUUUCAAAAGGAAAUAUAAGAUAAAUCACUUCAAAACCAAGCAAAAUGAAGUUGAUCAAAUCUGCUUUCAAAGUUUAUCAGUACCCUUUCAAAAAUAUAUUUAAAAUCUUUGAAAGAAGACUCAUCUUAAAGCUAAGUUUACCCAAGUACUUUCAGCAAGCAGAAAAAUGAAACUCUUUGUUUUCUUCUUUUGUAUUCUAAAAAAAUAAAAUUUCAAAAGAAAAGGUUGUCUUUUAAGUUUUUUAAAUAUUUGUUGCCUUUUAAAAUCCCUGAGUGUAAGUUACCAUGGUGGCAGCUUAGUUUUACUAUGCCACAACAAGUUGACUAGGACAUUUUAGUAAAUGGUAGUGAGUUAAAUUAUCUUUAUUAUUUUUUAAAAAUAAGAAUUUAGAAGUGGUAAAAUUAUGGCCCAAGAUGUAUUUGGUUCUCUAUUAUGUUUCGAUACAUUAUUUUAAUCAUAUGUAUGACUUUCCUUUUCAAAAAUACUUUAAUGUACAAGUGUAAAUAUAUGUGCCCAUAAAAUCAUUGUAAAUAUUAUUUGAGUAGUCAUCACAAAUAAAAUAUUGUUCCUUGCUACUGGAUAUAUUAAAGAUGUAGAUUUUAAA